AUGCUAAAUUAUCUAAUUGCAAACGGGAACAACGACGGUGGUGCCGGAAAUGAUGCUGCUCCAAAUGCUCAAUUGGCCGCUGAUGCUCCUCCUCCUCCGCCUCAAAACCCAAUCGUACCACAAGAGGUUAGGCUUGCGGGUAGCAGAAUGUUAGAGAGCUGGUAUGAACAGGACAUAAAGGAGGAGCCAGUUAUUGUGUAUGCGAACUCUACAAAAAAAUAA